AUGAAGGCUUUUGCUGCUACAGCAGAUGCUGCUGCUUGCUUCUCUUCUGCAGCAGAGCUGCGGGCAGCAGUGGGGGCGAGGGACUGGUGCAGCAGCAGCAGCAGCAGUAGCAGCAGCAGCAGCAGCAGCAGCUGCAGCGGGAGUUGCAACGGCAGCUGCGGGGGACGGGAAGGUAGCUGCUGCUGCUGCGGAUGCUGCAGCAGUUGCUGCUGCAGCACGAACAGCAGCUGCUGCACCUGCUGCAGCAGCUGCUGCACAGACAGCAGCAACUCCACCACCGCAACUCCUGCUGCUGCUGAAGACACAUUCUUUCCUGCUGCUGCUGCUGCUGUUGCUGCUGCUGCUGCUGCUGCUGCUGCUGCUCACCCGGAUUCUGCUGCUCCUGAUGCCACUGCAGCACCAGCAGCAGCAGCAGCAGCAACAGCAGCAACAACAGAGACUGCAGCAGAAGCAACAGACACUGCAGCAGCAGCAGCAACAGCAGCAACAACAGCAGCAACAGCAGCAGCAGACUCAGUUGCAGCAGAUGCUGCAGCGGGAGCCAGGACAACGCCCAUAGCAGCAGAAGCACCUGUAGCACGCGAAGAUGCAGCAGCAGCAGCAGCAGCAGCAGCAGCAACGACUGCAGCAGCAGCAGACGAGCCAGCAGCUGCAACGGCGGCGUCAACAGGAGACGCAGCAGCAGAAGCAGCAAAAGAUGCUGCAGCACAAACAGCAGCAGGAGCAGCACAAGCAGCAGAAGCAACCGCAGCAGCUGCAGCAGAACCAGAAGCAGCAGCAGCAGAAGCAGCAGCAGCAGAAGCAGAAGCAACCGCAGCAGAAGCAGCUGCAGCAGAAGCAGCAGCAGCAGAAGCAGAAGCAGCAGAAGCAGCAGCAGCAGAGGGCGUAGCAGCUCAGGCAGCAGCAGAAGAAGCAGCUGCAGCAGCAGCAGCAGAAGCAGCCGCAGCAGAAGCGGCAGCAGAACAGUCAGCUGCAGGAGAAGCACCAGCAGCAGAAGCAGCUGCAGCAGCAGAAGCAGCAGCAGCAGCAGAAGCAGCAGACGCAGCAGCAGCAGGAGAGGCGGCAGCAGCAGAAACAGCAGAAGCAGCAACACAAGCAGCAGCAGCAGAAGCCGCUGCAGCCGAAGAGGCAACAGCAGCAGAAAUAGCAGCAGAAGCAGCAACAGCAGCAACAGGCGAAGCAGCAACAGUGGAAGCAGCUGCACCAACACAAGCAGCACCAGAAGCAGCAGCAGCAGAGCCAGCUGCAACGGUAGCAGCAGCAGCAACAGAAGCAGCAGCAGCAACAGAAGCAGCAGCAGCAGAAGUCGCCGCAGCAGGAGAAGCAGCAGCAAGAGAAGCAGCAGCAGCAAGAGAAGCAGCAGCAGCGAAAGCAGCAGCAGAAGAAGCAGCAGCAGCGGAGCGAGCAGCAGCAGCAGCUGAAGCAGCAGCAGCAGCAGCAGCAGCAGCUGAAGCAGCAGCAGCAGAACGCUAG